AUGAGAUUUAAUCAAAAUACGAGUAUAGACUGCGGAAAUUUGAUUCUGGUUCCCUAUUUAAAACAACAUGUGUUGAAUUACCACGAAUGGAUGAAAAGUCCUGAACUACAAGAAUUGACAUGUUCUGAACCUUUAACAGUGGAAGAGGAAUUUCAAAUGCAAAAGUCUUGGUUGGAAGAUGAAGACAAGCUUACAUUUAUCGUGAUUCAUAGACAUGGAGUAGAGAACAAAGAGCCCCAAAUUCUCCAUGAAAUUGCACCUCAUCACAUCGAUGAGAUGAUUGGAGACGUGAAUAUGUUUCUAACCGAAGGUUACGAAGACGUGGAAGAGGAUUUGACAGUACAAGACGACGCAAAUCAACAAUGUACCACUUUUAUCCAAGCUGAAUUGGAACUCAUGAUUGCAAAACCAGAAUUCCGGUCAAAAGGUUUGGGGACCACGAUUAUCGAAGCCUUUUUGUAUUAUAUAGAACAGAGUGGGUUGCUUCAGAGCAAGCACAUCGCGAAGUACAUCAUUAGAGUUGGUAGCAAAAACCUGCCAAGCUUACGCCUUUUCAAGAAAGAAGGAUUUGUACAGACAAAAUACGUUGCUUGUUUUGAUCAGGUGGAGAUGGAAAAGACAAUACAUUAA